AGAUUAUCUUGCUGCUGAUUAACACCUCCAUCUUAAAUCACAGGAUCACUGGAAAGUUUGAUAAAUAAGAUUACAGAUGAAGAGCCAGAGAGUAAACCUUCCUGUGAGAUUGGUGGCAGGUGGCUCUAGGGGUAGCAGGAGCUCUGCACAUCUAUAUUAGCAUGGCCCUCAACAGUUCAUGAUUCUUUCCUUGUCCCUAUUGUGAGGCCCUGGGGCUGGAAGAUGAGGGAGACCUACAGGGAACAGUCAUGGAAGCACACUGGGAGUGAUUUACAAAGCCAGGCAAAAGAGUUUUAGAUUUCCUUGUACGAUAACGAGUCACUAUGCUGUUAUUCUGUCACACGUUGGCUGUAGCUUUCCUUCAGAUCUUUGUCCUCUCCGGGAAUUGGAUUCUAGCCAAGAACAUCAACUUCUAUAAUGUGAGACCUCCACUAGACCCUACUCCAUUUCCAAACAGCUUUAAGUGCUUUACAUGUGAUGAUGCAGUUGACAAUUACAACUGUAACAGAUGGGCUGAAGACAAAUGGUGUCCUAAAAAUACACAGUACUGUUUAACAGUUCAUCUCUUCACAAGCUAUGGAAAAAGCACAUCGGUCACUAAGAAAUGUGCUACCAGAGAUGAAUGCCACUUCGUUGGCUGUCGCCAUCACAGAGAGACUGGCUAUACGGAAUGUGUCUCUUGCUGCGAAGGGAUGAUCUGCAAUGUAGAAAUACCAACCAAUCACACAAAUGCAGUGUUUGCAGUAAUGCAUGCAUGGAGGAUGUCACAUGGCAGCAGGAGGACAGUUAACGUUCCAUUGCUUGCAUCAGUCCUAGCAGUUGUGUUGCUUUGAUGCAGUUUUCCUUGUGAUUCUAAGGGCUAAACUUUCUGUGCACUAAUGUAAACCAGUAAGAAGAACAUUUUGGUUUGAAAAAAAAAUCACUGGCACCCUUCAUUUCAUAACCGUGUAGGAAAACAUGAGAAGAUGCAUGAACUUUGUGACAUCUGCCAGUUCUUUAGUGAAAAGAUGUGCAAACAGUUUGCAGUAUUUAAAACAAAACCAAAACAGACACUAUAGUGGACUUAACCAGUUAUCAGAAUUCUUCAUUUAGUGGUAAAAGUAUAUGCGUGCUGCACAUUUCUUGAACAAAGAAAAUAAAUAUCCGUUGGCAGUCACUCUACCAAGUGAAACAAAGGAAACUUCUAGAUGGCAAAGUUAAGCUGGAGUUGUGCCAAGCUAGUCUUCAUAGGAUUUUAUGGUAUUUUUCAGAACUGACUUGUAGCACUGGGUCUGGUAGCUGACUUUUCAUCAACAAACAUGUUCUUAAAUUCAUGUUUAAUUGCAGUACUCUUAGAAAUAACAGUACAUAUUCCAAGAAAGUGUCUGAAAAAGCACAUUUCCAUUUUGGUCACAAUUCCCAUGCCAACUGAAAAUUAUGCAAAAUAAAACUUUAACUGUA